UCUGUGGUUGGACGGCUUGCUUGCCGCCUGCGCGAUUUUUUGGGAAAUUCGCGCGUCAGUUAUUUUUUGGUCAUAUUUCAUGUACACAUCUUUAGUUGAUCACAAUGGGUGCAUAUUUAUCUGAACCAGUUACUGAAAAAAUGUCCAGCGAUGAAUCGAACGCCAAACUAGAGUGCGGUGCAAGCUCCAUGCAAGGAUGGCGUGUCAACCAAGAGGAUGCACACAAUACAAUCUUAGAUUAUGAUGCUGAUACAUCUUUCUUUGCUGUAUACGACGGUCACGGCGGCGCGGAAGUGGCUACAUAUUGUUCACAAAAUUUGCCAGAAUAUAUUAAAAAGACAGAUGCAUAUAAAAACGGGGACCUAGUUAAUGCUUUAACAGAUGCCUUUUUGGGAUUUGAUGCAACUAUUGUAACAAAAGAGGUUAUGGAUAUUUUGAAGGAACUUGCAGGUGAAAUAAAUCCUCCGGGCACAAGUGACAUUGAAGAAUCAGAGGAUGAAAAUGUUAGUAAUUUAUAUCAAGAGGCACACCUACCUUUACAGGAAGUGCUGGCUAAAUACGAGAAUAAAUUGACUGCACUACACCGAGCUAGACUUGGUGACACAAAUACUCCUUUGUCACCAUGCUUGAGAGCUAAAAAGAAUACAGAAGAAUCUGGAGCAUCAGCAGCAUCAAGUUCAAGCUCAGGGCAUGCAGCAGGUUCAAGCUUAGAACAAACAUGUGAUGCACCAUCCUCUAGCAAAAAUGGUGUCACUGACGAUGUAAAGGAGAACGCCGAGGAGGACUCUGGAGGAGUUUCGUCAACAAAUUCGAACGAAGUUGACAAAGAUUUGAAUGGAGAGGUUUCGACCAGUGAACCGGAGAAAGUGGUCAAGGAAAAUGUUAACAAACCAAUUUUACCAGCACCGGACAGCUCUGAAGAUAAUUGCCAACCAGAACAAAGUGAGAAUGUAAAGAGCUCUACAAAUGGUUGCAAUGUUGUCACCACCGAAAAUUGUAAUGGAGAGGUGACGGGCUCAAAACAAAUAGAUGGCGAGGACAGUAAUAUCACUUCGUCUAAUGGCUCAGUAACACCUGUCAAAACUGGCAAAGCCAAUGAUAAAACAUCGCCUGUGUCAAGUUCGGGCAAAGAAGUUCCUGAGAGGCCAAAAAAAUCGAAGUUACGCAGAGCGGCCGCGGCUGUAUACGAGUCUAUCUUACGUCAAGUGCCUGAAGAAGAUGACGAUGAGAGCGACUCCAACGACGAAACCUUUGAGGGUGGAGAGAUCUGUUCAUCUGAUGAUGACAAUGUUAAUGGUGUUGAAGAAUCAUCUGAGGAGUGUGAAGAAGAGGAAGAUGAAGAAGAUUACGAAGCAGAAUCCAGUGAUGAGGAAGGUGAUGAAGAUAUAAACAUGGCUGAGGAACCAGGCAACGAUAGCGGUUGCACAGCUAUUGUUGCUCUACUUAGAGGAAACGAACUGUAUGUAGCUAAUGCAGGUGAUUCCCGUUGCAUAAUAUGCAGAGAAGGGAAAGCUAUAGACAUGUCUAUAGACCACAAACCGGAAGAUGCGCCGGAACUCGACAGAAUCAUAAAGGCCGGUGGAAAAGUUUCCUAUGACGGACGUAUAAACGGGGGACUAAACUUAUCACGUGCCAUUGGCGAUCACUCUUACAAACAGAACAAAGAAUUGGAUGCUAAAGAACAGAUGGUGACUGCUCUACCGGACGUCAAAACUCUCACAGUAGACCCCGCAAAGGACCAGUUUAUGGUACUGGCAUGCGACGGUAUAUGGAACUUUAUGUCCAGUCAAGAUGUGUGCGACUUCAUUACACCCAGGCUUGCAGAGGGCCGCGAAAGAUUAUCACAGAUCUGUGAAGAGAUGUUCGACCACUGCCUAGCUCCGACAACAAUGGGUGACGGCACCGGAUGUGACAACAUGACGGCAAUUAUAGUGAGGUUCAAAGACGGUCUGAUUGCGGACGUGGGCCAACACUCCAGCACCACGGAGUGCCCGAAGAAGCGCACGGCGGACUGCGAGCCGUGCAACGAAAAUCAACAGGACAAUAAAAGGCAAAAACUUGACGAUUCACUGUCAAGUUCGGUGGUGACAUCCAGUGUUUAGACUUAGUUUGACUAGGGAAACAGUGUUUACGACUUACACAUAUGUGUCAAUAAGACUUUAUGGAUAACAUUGUCAUCUCUAAUGCAGGCCAUUGAUUACUCUUCACUUUAAUUUGAUUCUUCUCAAAAGACAUGUGACAUUUAUCAUGAGAUUUUAUGUAAACUGAGAAUUUCCCCUAGCAUUAUCAUACAACUACUAAUUGUAUAGUAAUGCUAUAGAAUGUUAUUGUAAAAGUCAAAAAAAAACAUAAAAAUUGAAUGACAAUACCAAAGUUCAUGAAAUGAAAAGCUUAAUUAUUUAUUUUUGUUUUUUCCAAUCUAAUACAAAAUUCAGUAAAAUUUUAGCUUUAAAUGACAAUCUCCUGAUCUUCAUACAUCAUGAAUGUUAUUCCUACGUAACAUGCUACAAAUAAUAUUUAAAAGCAAUUUUUAUACAUAUAUGUAACUUAUAAAUUAUAUUUAAGAAAGGAAUAAACCAAUUUGCCAAAAUAUACAAUUUUUUAUUCCUUUUUGAUCAUUCAGAAAUAGUCAUAUUUUGAAUCAUUCAAUCAUCUUAAUCUAAUGUUUUUUUGAUAGAAUUACAGAGUGUGUAUUCAGACAAAUAAAUUAGUAUAUAAAAAACUGUCGUAUUCGUCGCGCUAAGCAAUAUGAAUAUAGUUUUGUUUAUGAAAAAAUUGCACGUAUUAGGCGUUUAAUUAUAGGUUUGUUUACAUAAAAUCUCAAAGAAAAAUGGAGACUAUAUAAGUAUGUUAAUUCAUUUAUUUCUAUCUUAAUAAUUAUGACAUGUAUCCUUAAUUCUUAUCUCUAUAUUGGGAUAUGAAACUAAUAGAAUAGAGUGCUAACUUACGGACUCUGGGAUUUAGCAAACAAUCUUAAAACAAGGCCCAUGAUUAAUUAGUGGAUAAAUGAUUUUUAGUGCCAGUGGAAAAUCGAAUUGAUCCAAUUCUCAGUUUAAAAGGUGACAAAGUCCUUGUGAUUUAAAGAUAAUUUGCCUAAAGUAGCCUUAUUUGUAAUAAGAAGGUGAUGAGAUGUUUCAAGUUUAUAAAUUAAGUAUAAAAUAUACAUGCAGAACAUUGGGAAGUAUAGAAUUUUCGAACUGACUUGUCUGCGUUAGUAUUUAGUUAUAAGUUGUAAAUGUAAAUUUACGAAAUCAUUAUUAAAUACCACCUAAUUUUUAGUACAUAUUUAGAAACAAUUCUUACAGAGUUUUGUUUAGUGUUUUGUCCAAAAGUGGCAUUGAUCUUUAUAUUUUAGUCACAAUAAUUAGUGUCUGACAGAUAAAAAACACGAGAAUCACUUUAAAUA